AUGGUUGGGCACGGCGAAGAGCUGGGACCCCGGAAUCCCUGCCGCGGAGGGUGUCUGAGCCGAUUCCCGCGCCGGCCACACGGGGGCAGUGGGGACGCUGAGCCGCAGGCACUUUGGAACUUGGCCGAGCAGCGGCGGCCGGAUCGCGAGGCUCGCUCCCGAGGGUCGGCACCAGCCCAGAAUCCUUAUCAGCCCUGGCCAGGCAGUCCCCAGGCCUUAUCUGCCCCUCCAGAGCAUCCUCCGCCUCCGGGGAGGAAACCCGCCAGAGGAGGGGGUGGUGAAGAGGGCGGGCUGGGAGGACUGGGGGCGGGGGCCACGGGAGGCUGCGUUUCCUCUGAGCUGCACACUGAGUCAGGGUGGAGGGAGCCUGGCUGGACCCCGGCUGGAGGGGGCAGCCCUGGAGGAUCCUGGAGGCAGUGGGGCUUGAGGGUGAGCACCAGUCCCAUUGAGAAGCCAUCAUCCUCUGGGUCCAUGUGCCCUCCAGGGGACUCUGUGAAGCUGGGUCACACCAUGAUGGAGAAACUAGAGGCUGCGCCUACCCUCCCCUGCUCAGCUCCCUCCCCCGCCCCCAGCAGCUCCUCCCCUUUGUCUGAGCCCGAACCCAGCAGCCCCCAGGACGGGGACAAUGGCCGCCCUGCCUCAUCCCCAUCACCCCCCAAGCUGCCACCCCACGUGCCUGUCAUCAGCCUGGGCCACAGCAAGCCGCCGGCCAUGGCCACCACUGAGCUCGCCACGCCUCCCCCACUGCCCUCCCUAGUCCCGAUUUCUGCCCUGACAACCGGCCCACCCCCACUGGCCUUGGGCGGCCUGCUCCCGACACACUACCACCCACACCCCUUUCUAAGCAGCGUCUACAUCAGCACCGCUGGCUCCUUCAGCAUCUUCCCCAGCAGCAGACUGAAGCGACGGCCCAGCCACUGUGAGCCCGACCUAAAUGAGGGGCAUCAGCCUCUAAAGGUGGCUCGCCGCGUGUUCACCAACAGCCGGGAGCGCUGGCGGCAACAGAACGUGAAUGGGGCCUUCGCGGAGCUGCGCAAACUGCUGCCCACCCACCCGCCCGACCGGAAGCUGAGCAAAAACGAGGUGCUUCGUCUGGCCCUCAAGUACAUCGGCUUCCUGGGCCGGCUGCUUCGGGAUCAGGCCGCCGCCCUGGCCCCGGCCCCGGCCCCGGCCCCGGCCCCGGCCCCGGCUCCGGCCCCGGCCGGAGGAGCUCCGCGCAAGCGGGAGCGCAGCGCUGUGGGCGAGGGCACGCGCCGAGGGUCGGGGCGCAGAGCAGAGGCGGGGCGCUCCCCUCCGGCGCUCCCGCCCACGCCCGCUUCCCCUCACCCGGAUGGAGCCGAGCCACACGCCAAGGGCAAGUGCUCACUGCGGGACAGGACGGCCGUGGGGUGCCAAUCUCGGUGACCCCCGCAGGAGGGGGUAAAGAGGCAUCUUUGUGGACCCCCAGAAGCACACCGCCCCAGAGUAGAGAAGGGGCCUCCGGAGAGCAUAUAGUUCCUGGACUGUCCUGAAUAUUAGCAGAACCGUCCCGUCCUCCCCGUCAAUCCCCAAGAUGGAAUGGAUCUCGUGGGGAGAGGGACGGGCCCGGGAGGCGCAGCCGUCGCCAGUAGGGAGAAAUGAGUGUCCUGGCUGCUGGCAGGGGCCCGGCACUGGUCUAGGUUGCCUCCCCCAGGAACACUCGGAUGGGCGAGAGGGCAUCCAGUGUCACCGGAAAUCGGGCUCUGACAUUACCUCUCGCCCCCUUGGCAGUCUAAGCCUUCCCCACCAUAGCCUGCUUUUUAUCUGCUUUGCAGUCAGCCUGGCCCAGAAGCCUAAAUGUCCUCUUCUCGAGGACAGUUUUCUCUCGGGGUUGGGGUUCAAAACGAAGAACAAAGUGGACAUCGAAAUAGUACCUUAUUCCCGCUGGGCCAGUGCCUUGGGGGAAAAGCGGGAGGGGGAGAAAAAGAAUAAAAAAAAAUUUUAAACAGUGUUAGAGCUGGAAAAGGAUCUUAGACAACUAGUUUGACGUUCCUAGUUUAUAGACCAGAGAGGCAGCGUAGGGAAUAGAGAGCUGGACCCGGAGCCAGGAAAGACCUCAAGGUUCGCCUCAGGCACAUAAUGGUUGGGACGACCAAAUGACAACCUUUCGGUUUUUUGGGCGACUCCAAGUCGCUAAGAAGUUGUCGACCUGCACUGAUAGAGGAAGUUCUCACACCAUGAAAGCUCUCGUCCAGAACCUAUGCCAUCCUACUACAAAGAGAAACUGGGUCUCCAAGUUGGGAUGGGGGGGAGGGAGGAACGAAUCUUGAACUAACGGGGAUAUGACUCUCGCCCUGCGGUUUCUUGUUCAGACCCAGCAGUUUCCCGACCGAGUAGAAGCAGCCCUUUUCUGAGUUCCCCAAUUCCCUCUCUCGGUUAUUUGUGAAAUCACUUUAGAGCUUCAGGGACUUCACCCUAGUAAUACUGGAGGAAAUGAGCGUCAUCUUCACCCCCGGGUCGGUUAUUAGAACUCUUUUAAAAUGUGAAACAGGGCCCUUUGAUCCUUUGGAACAAGUAACCAGGAACGAGAAAAGAGUCCCAGAGUGAAGUAGCCUAUAGCUCACAAAGUUGUAAUCGGUAGCGGAGCCAGGAUCUGGACUAUUACUCCAAAUCCCACAGCUCGGGUAAAAAAAAAAAAAAAAAAGCCCCAGGAGACAUCGAAUUUCCCCUGGCUUCAACCCACCUCGCCCCCACCGCCCCCACCCUCCAUCCGUUCUCGCGAGGGUUCAAGGGCUCUUCGUCUUUGUUUUUUCUUUAUUUCUUUAUUUCACAUACACAUUAGCCAUUCAAUGGAGAAGCUGGAGAGAGUCAGGCAAAGAUGGUGUAACAGAAGCGCAGUGACAGGG